AUGCAAGUCUUCGUCUUUAUCGCAGGCGUAUUAUGCGCGUUGUACUUUGUCCCAGAGCGAUGUAAAGCCACCCCGCCUGUCAGAUUAAAGGGGCCUUCAAGUGAAAAUGGAAUUGGUCGUGUAGAAGUGUUCCUUAAUGGAGGGUGGGGAAGAGUUUGUGAUAAAGAUUGGGAUUUCAUCGAUGCUAGGGUUGUAUGCCGUGAACUUGGUUAUCUGGAUGCUGUUGAGCAACUUAAUUAUACGACGUUUCUCAAAGGUUAUGAUCCUCCUGGGCCGGUUUACGAACUUACAUGUAAUAAAAGAGAUCGAAGUGUAGAAAACUGUUUUCACGGCAAAAAAGGCGACGACAGGUGCAAAGAUGCUGGAGUAGAAUGUAGAAGAACAGCGGUAACUGAACGAGUACGGUUACAUGGGAAAAACGCGGAAAAUGGCACUGGUAGUAUUGAAAUCUUCCACGAUGGACGAUGGGGAUAUAUCUUAGAAUAUGGAUGGGAUAUGAGAGAUGGUAGGGUUGUAUGUCGUCAACUCGGUUUUCCUGAUGCUAGAAGGAUUUUGAUCGGAACCGAUCGUGAUCAUUUCGACAGAACCUCUCGACCGUGGUUGAAUAAAGUCGCUUGUACUGGGGAGGAACGUAAUAUAUUUGAUUGUCCUCAUGGAGGUCUCGGAGGCCGUACUCACGAAGAACACCACAACGCAGGAGUGCAGUGCUCUUCAAAAGUGGGACUGAUUGUGAUAUUCAGUUGUUUCACUCCUGUUAAGCUAAGUAAGGGUGAUAAUUUCGCAUGCGUGUGUAGAGGUGAAGGAGGAACCGCUGCUGUUAAUGUGACAUGGUAUAAAGAAAACACACAGAUUACGGAGACGAAGAAAGAAGAACAAUCAUUGGUGCUGGAAAAUGUUGGUGAAACUGACAUGGGAAUAUAUAAAUGCGUAGCUGAGGACCACGAUCAAAAAGACGAGAAAUCAAUUGAUGUGGUACUUCCCCAGAGAAUUACUGUGGCAAUCAACUGCUCCAGCGCUAUCAUAGCAGACGAAGGUGAUAAUUUGACAUGUGUUUGUAAAAAUGGAGGAAUCCCAGCAGCCAACGUGUCGUGGUAUAAAGAAAAUACGCGGAUGGAAACAGAGAUUGGUGAAAGACAAACAUUGGUGUUACGAAAUGUUGUUGAACAAGACAAUGGAAUAUAUAGCUGUGUAGUCCAAAGGCACAAUCUUACAGAACGCAAAUCGAUCAGUCUGAAGGUUCAUCCCGCGCUUCCUGUCAGAUUAAAAGGGCCUUCGAGUGAAAAUGGUACCGGUCGCGUUGAAGUGUUCCUUGAUGGAAGAUGGGGAAGAGUUUGUGAUUCAUAUCAUGAUAACGACCUUACUGUGGUUUUUUGCCGUCAACUUGGUUAUCUUGGUGUUUCUGAUAAACUUAUGUUUUGGAACGUUCCCAAAGGUUACGAUCCGCCUGUGCCGGUUUAUGAGGUUUUUUGUGAAAAGGAACAUCAAAACGUAGCAAGCUGUAGUUACAGAAUACAUCGCAACAAAUGCGACGAUGCUGGGGUAGCAUGUAGAAAAACAGGGGUAACUGAAACGGUGAGGAUAAACGAAGCACGCGAUGGUCUUGGAGGAAGUAUUGAGAUUUUCCACAAUGGACAAUGGGGGUUUAUCUUAGAUAGUGGAUGGGAUAUGAGAGAUGCCAGAGUAGUAUGUCGUCAACUGGGUUACCCAGAUGCCAAAAGGGCUUUACUAGGUGUCGACCUCGGUAAUCCCGAAAAAACUCAGCACCCGUGGUUGGAUGAUGUCGCUUGUACUGGAAAGGAACGUAAUAUACUGGACUGUCCUCAUGGAGGUUUCGAAGAUCAUCAUUUUAAAUUUCCAAUUGCUGAUAACAACGCAGGAGUACAGUGCUCUUCAAAAGAGGGACCGACUGUGAUAUUCAGUUGUUUCGGUCCUAUCACGUUAAAUAAGGGUGAUAACUUUACAUGCGUGUGCAGAGGAGAGGGAGGAACCGCUGCUGUUAAUGUGACAUGGUAUAAAGAAAACACACAGAUUACGGAGACGAAGAAAGAAGAACAAACAUUGGUGCUGGAAAAUGUUGGUGAAACUGACACGGGAAUAUAUAAAUGCGUAGCUCAGGAACACGAUCGAAAAGACGAGAAUUCACUUGAUGUGGCAGUUGUCCCCAUGACUUUGCCACUCAGAUUAAGAGGGCCAUUGAAAGAGCAAGGUAUUGGUCGUGUCGAAGUAUUCCUUUAUGGAAAGUGGGGAUCAGUGUGUGACCCCCAUUGGUGGUUCACAGACGAGUCUAAGGUUAUAUGCCGUCAACUUGGUUAUAUGGGCACUCCUAAAGAGCUUGCUUACGUUCCUCGCGGUUAUGGACCGAUGUUUAUCGUUGAAUGCGAUGGGACAGAACCAAACAUAACAAGCUGUUAUUACCACACCUAUAUCGAAGCUGGGGAUUGCACUCAUUUUGAGGAUGCUGGAGUACAUUGUGAACAUAAGGAGGUUAAAAAUAAAGCAGAUUCAGUUACACCUGAAUUGACACCUUCAUCCAGCUACACUACAAUCCUUAACGAAAAUGGAGUCGCUGCCACACACAGGAUCGAUACAACAACUGCUCUGAAUUAUAGUCCUUUAGGAUCAUACGUUGCAACCACGACACACGAUCGUGGAGACGGUGGUUUAAGUAACAAUUGCUGGAAAUAUCUAUCUCCAUACUGA